GGGGGGGACCUCCUAGCUAUUCAGCAGCACAGAGGAGAGGAGGAGCACGCCCGCACACCUGCCCACCGCCACAUUCCAUCCCCAGACUCAAAUAGACAGCACCAGGGGAAGGCGAUUGCCAGAUAAGUAAUGUCCAGUUCUUAGCCCAUAUUCCAGUCCCUGCCAGGAUGUCUCUGGACCGUAUAAACCGUUCAAGGGGAAACACUUUUGUUUAUUCAGAUGGCCCCACAGAUCAGCCACUCGAUGGGGAGAUCAGUAAGGAAGAGAUGCGGAUUCUCAAGGUGUGCUUUCAUAGUAAUAGCUCCAACCUCAUGAAGAACUUCAAGCUUGUCAAGUGCAGCAUCUUCACAGACAUACGGGAGAUCAUCAGCUCCAUCCUCCUGAGCGGCCGGAUCGGUCCAGACAUCCAACAUGUGGAGUGUUACGGACUGCGGCUCAAGCACCUGAAAUCUGACGAGAUCCACUGGCUUCACCCCGACCUGACAGUAGGAGAGGUGCAGGAAAAGUACGAGUGUCUCCAUCUAGAGGCAGAGUGGAGAUAUGAUCUCCGGAUCCGCUAUCUGCCAGAUAAUUACAUAGAAAGCUUCAAGAAGGACAAGACGACGUUACUUUACUUUUACCAGCAGCUGAGGAACGACUACAUGCAGCAAUACGCUACCAAGGUCAGCGAAGGCAUGGCGCUCCAGCUGGGCUGUCUGGAACUCAGGCGAUUCUACAAGGACAUGCCUCACAACGCCCUGGAGAAGAGGUCCAACUUUGACUUUUUGGAGAAAGAAGUGGGCCUCGACCUAUUCUUCCCCAGACAGAUGCAGGAAAGCCUUAAGCCCAAGCAGUUCCGGAAGAUGAUCCAGCAGACUUUCCAGCAGUACGGCUCCUUGAGGGAGGAGGAAUGUAUCAUGCGCUUCCUGAACACCCUCUCCAGCUUCACCUCCAUCGAUCAGGAGACCUACAGAUGUGAACUUGCGCAAGGAUGGAGCAUCAUGGUGGACAUGGUUAUAGGACCAAAGGGAAUACGACAACUUACCACCAAGGACUCCAAGACAACGUGCUUCGCCGAGUUCAAACAGAUCAAAUCUAUCAAGUGCUCCCUGCUGGAGGACGGACGGGCAUUGCUAUUACUGGGGAUAUCCGGCGCCCCCCAGCCGCUGGCUAUCAAAACGGCAUCGUUGGCGGUGGCAGAAAACAUGGCCGACCUUGUCGAUGGGUACUGCCGGCUACAGAACGAGUGUCAGGAAUCCUUCAUCUUCUAUCCCGGGAAAGAAAAUGACAAACGGAUCAGUCUGCCUAGAAUCCCAACCCAGGACGUUCCGGAGAGAAGGUCGAGGCUGGAAGAAGGCAGCAGCUUCGAGUCUGAUAUAUACGCCGAGAUACCGGAGGAGUCAGAGCAGAGGUCUGCAGGUCCGCGCUAUACCAUGCGUCGAGAUGAUGUAGUGUUGGGACGGAUCCUUGGAGAAGGCUUUUUCGGAGAAGUCUACGAUGGAGUAUAUAAGAAUGAGCUUAAAGGAGAGAAGGUGAACGUCGCCGUGAAGACGUGUAAGAAGGACUGCGCCCCGGACGUCAAGGAAAAGUUCAUGAGUGAAGCCUAUCUGAUGAGGAACUUGGAUCAUCCACACAUUGUGAAGUUGAUCGGAAUUAUUGAAGAAGACCCCAUCUGGAUAGUGAUGGAGCUCUACGCAUUCGGGGAGCUUGGGCAGUAUCUGGAGAAGCACAAGACCACCCUGCAGGUCCUCAGCAUGAUCCUGUACUCACUGCAGAUCUGUAAGGCUCUGGCCUAUCUGGAAGGAAUUAACUGUGUCCACAGGGACAUUGCAGUCAGGAACAUACUCGUGGCUUCUCAUGAGUGCGUGAAGUUAGGAGAUUUUGGACUCUCCAGGUACUUAGAAGAAGAGGAGUAUUAUAAAGCCUCUGUGACCCGUCUCCCUAUCAAGUGGAUGGCUCCAGAAUCGAUAAACUUCCGGCGCUUUACCUCAGCCAGCGAUGUCUGGAUGUUUGGAGUUUGUAUGUGGGAGAUCUUGUCCUAUGGCAAGCAGCCUUUCUUCUGGCUGGAGAACAAAGAUGUGAUCAGCGUCAUCGAGAAAGGAGAUCGACUUCCAAAGCCAGAGGUGUGUCCUCCGACUCUCUACACACUAAUGACACGAUGCUGGACCUACGACUCUUUUGAAAGACCCAAAUUCACAGAGCUAGCCUGCAGCUUAAGUGAUAUCUAUCAGACAGAAAAAGAAAUUGUAAAGGACAAGGAAAGGAAUAACCGGCAACGUCCUCCUAAAAUCAUUGAACCGGUUCACGCACAGGAGCCUCCACCGAAGCCGAACCGCCCGAAAUACAAGGCGGCAGCACCAGGGAAUCUACUGACCCCAAAUCUACAGUUCCAGGUGCCCGAGAGUCUGUGUGCCAGCUCACCCAUACUCUGUAGCCCAACAGAAUACCAGUCUCCAAUCGACUCCACGCGUAGUCCGCCGCUCCUGCGUCAUAGCAUCAUCAAACGUCGCAGUAUGCGGGAGGAGGAUUUUCUUAAGCCUAACAGUCGUGAGGAAGCCCAGAAAAUAUGGGAGAAAGAACGGGCAAAGAUGCUGCAGGUCAUGAAUCGUCAGCAGCAGCAAAUGCUGGAGGACAACAAAUGGCUAAAACAAGAAGAAAGGUCCCUCGCCAAUACCCUCAAGGAUCCAAAGCAGCAAGUAAAAGACAAGGCCCUUGAUGUACCACUUCCAGAGAAAGACAAUGCAUACACUGAAUUUACGGUUCCUCCGCAGAAACCUCCAAGGCUUAUCGCACAGGCUCUUCAACAGACUCCGACAGCCAACAUUGAUCGUACAGAUGACAACGUUUAUCAGAGUGUGAUGGAGCUGGUGAAAUCAGUGCUUCAACUAAAGAAUGACAUCUACCAAUUGCCUCCUGAGGGAUACGUCAAUGUAGUUAAGAAUGUUGGGUUGACUCUCCGGAAGCUCAUUGGGAGUGUCGAUGAUAUCCUUCCGUCAUUACCUGCAUCUUCUCGUACAGAGAUUGAAGGAACACAGAAACUCCUGAGCAAAGACUUGGCCGAACUGAUCAAUAAGAUGCGUUUAGCCCAGCAGAAUGCAAUGACUUCUCUUAGCGAAGAAUGUAAAAAACAGAUGUUAACAGCCUCUCACGCAUUGGCCGUGGAUGCCAAAAACCUGCUGGAUUCUGUGGACCAAGCACGAGUCAGAGCCAACCUUGCCAAACUGGCUACAGAGUGACAAUCCAAGGGAUUGCAGAUAUGACUUGAAAUGCUCAAAAACUGUGGUCAUAUAGACAGCAAGUGCUGCUAAGUAACUGAAACCAUGGACUGGACCAAAAAUUCUGUCAGAAGUAUAAGGAAAAACGAUGUUACUUUACUAAUGGAUGACAAUCUAUGGUUUUAGAGAUCUAUUUAUUUUGCAAAUAUGUUUUCAAGAUCCUUUUUCUGCAGUGGAUUAUUUUUUUCUUUAAUUUUAAAUUUUUAUUUAGCAGAGAAACCUGGACAGAUGGGAAUUUUUAGACCUGGUCAUCCAUGGUGUAUACGACAGAUCAUUGACAGCCGGAAAUCUCAGCUUCCUGGCUACGAAUGUUUUUUUUUAUUUAUUAUUUUGUUUCAGUUUCCUACAAUUUUUGUAUUUUGCAUUUGCUAAUUGUGUCGUUUGUGUUUGAUAUCGCCUUCAGAUUGGGUGGAGUUCUGUUAUUUCUUUAGGCAGUGCGUUUCAGCGGCAGCAGUUUAGCAUCUAUAUUUCUGUACAUACCAACUAAAAAGUCGUCUUACUGUUUAAGUAUUUAAGAAAUAAGACGGCAAAGGAAACAAAAAAUUUCAAAAUUUUAGCUUGUCGAUAAUGAAUUCCUGUUUUAUAGGACGAUUUUCUAUAGAACGUCAAAUGUUUUAUUAUUUUUUGCGGGCCCUCACCAAAACUUUAUAAAUGUAAAUAUGCCGGACAUAUUCCUUAUAUUUUCCUUUCAUGAGGAUAUUAUCUAUAAGGCCAGGGCUCAAUGACUACUUUUGGUUGCGUGGGUUUCCAAGUACGUUGUGUGACCUUGACAUAUAUCUAUAGAUGAAAAAGUUGAAUGACAACUGCAAAUAUUCCAAUAUGGCUAGCAUUUUUUAGAUCAUCGGGAGUCUCUGACUUAUUUGCCCACAGACUUGUAGUUGAGGUCACACAGCAGACAUGUUAACCACCAUUUUACCACAACCAAAUGUCAAUGUGGAGACUUAUGCUUAAAUGCUGUAAAUAGGUUCAUGCGCUUUACCUAAAGGGGUUGGCCACUUUCUGGUUACUGUUGACUAGUGUGUUUGUAAGAUGACCGUAUGGUCCUUACUAAUAUAACCUUUGCUGAAAUUCUGUGCCAUUUUCUAUUUUUCAUAAGGCAUUCCUACUUGUCUUUUGUGCUGUCCACAUCAAAGGUCUUGUCUAUAAAAUGGCUGCUGAUGGAGGGUCAGGCAAAACAUCUCCAUGUGAUGUCUCCUUCAUUCAAAUGCGAUGCACCCUCUAUCUGUGCUUACACUGUUGGGAGUUUAGCGCAAGUACUGUGUUGAAUGAUGUGUCUGGUCACAUGACCCUCCAUCAAUGGACAUCUUAUGGACAGGACCUCUGUGUCUAGCAAGGGGACAUUGCUUAUGAAAAAUAGCAACAAAAGCUAUAUUAGUAAGUGCCAUCUUAUUGAUCACAAGUACCGAGAAGGCGGCCAACCCCAUUAAAUGAGUUCUCUUUUACUUAGUAUGUAAGGCUUAAAUAAUGGACAGCUAUUGUCAAAAUGGUCCAGCAGCACCUUAGGACAUGACCUAAAAAAUUCUAAGAAUCCUUAGUGGUCAGGAGGCCAACCAUUUUGCUUCAUCUUAAUGCAUGGCCUUUUUCCCUUGAGUCUUUACCGGGACCUUCAUUGGUUGUGGAGUUGCAAUUCAACAAUGGAGAUUAUGAGACCUCAAGUGUAGGGCCUCAAGAUACACCAGAUCUCUCUUCUGUGUCUUCGUUUUGAGGUGUGAUGGUCCUCAACGAUUCAUUUACAACUCAUUUACAAAUUUAGAAAAAGUCCUUACUUAAAUCAUUUCAUCUGAAAUACCCAUGACAAACAGGUUUUUUAUUUUCCAAAAAGAUGUUGAAUUGCACCUACUCCAGAACCUGUUGACUUUUACCCUGAUGUAAAGCAAUGUGAGUAAUGGCUGUCAUGUAGUAAAAGAACCUUAUGGCCUAGCAUUCCAGCUAAUUCAACACUAGAUACAGUCCUGGACUUUUUGCUUUUGGGGAGGAGUUUGCAGUCUGUGCAGAAGAACAGAGAUCUGCAGAGAUCUUAUAGUCUCCAAUGCACCUUCACCACCACUUAAUUGUUGCACUGUAUCAGACUUAAAUAAUGGAGAGCAUGUUCUGCUUUAAAGGGGAAUUCCAUUUUAUUUUUUAAAAUGUAUUUGUUUAUUUAAUAGGAAUCAUACAAUUUUUUAAUAUACAUGUAUUUAUAAUUCUGCAAACAUACCUUUCCUAUAUCAGGCUGUUGACCCCUAUAUGCAGUAGAAUGCUAUAGCCCAUGUAUAAGUCCUGUGUAAUGCAUCCAUGACACUCUUUACAUCAUAUAAUUCCUGCAUUAUUGGGUGUAUUUACAUGGUUGCCUAUCUCCAGUUUAUUUAUAAACUGGCCGUCUUCUCUAGGUGAUGUGGUAAAAAGGCAGUCUGUCUCUAGGUGAUGUCAUGUUGUUAAUAAAAUUGAAUGUUAACAACGCACAUUUUCUUUUACACAGACACUGACAGACAUGAUGAGAUGCUGCAGGUAGUAGUACUGUAUAUACUGUGCAUGUUCCGCUCCUCAGUACACUACUAUUCACCUGUUACCUACCUGAACAGUUAACUGAAAUUAAGGUCAUAUGGUACUUGUGAGGGUCACAUGACUGACGCCAUGUUUAUUCCUAUCCAGCUCUCCUAUGGAUGCAUUUUACAGGACUAAAGUGGGCUGUACAGCCUGUACCAUUUUUUUGUCUUUAGGGAGAGGUUGUCAUUUGGAUAUAAUAAAGGUCUGUGAGCAAAAUUUUAAUUAGAUGUAUAUCAUAAAAUUGUUCAACAUCCUAUUCUCUACAUAAAUAAAUGUAAUCAUUAAAACCGGAAUACCUUUUGGAACCUAAAAUGCAUGGAAAUAAAAAAAAAACUAGGCCAAAAUAGUAGUCAGACUAAACCAGUAGUAGUAGUAGACUACCAGAAUGGUAGAAAUUGGUUUGUUUAGUAUCCAUAGAGAAGAUUGUACAUUUGAAGAAGAGUUCAAAAAGACCAGUAAGAAAGCUAAGGAGGUGCCUUCACAGUCUGCAUCCACUGAAGCUUUGCUGGUAUGGCUUCUGCUGAUGGUGGUGCAGUAGUAGACCCAAAGUUCAUGGCCUGAAGAAACAUAAAUACUUAUCUUCUAUUCUAUAGUAUGACCUGCAGCACUUGACUUCAGGAUUCUGCUGGAGGUCACUACCAAUAUUUUUUGACCAUUUCCCUAAUGUAAACUGAUCAGCAGGUCAACUUUAAGGAGUUCAUAAUGAUUUAGAUUUUUUCUUAGGGUUUAUUCACAUGUAAAAGUCGGAUUUGCUCAAGGCAGAACAUCGCAAAAUAACACUGUGAUUGCUACAAAAACAGCAACAUGAUCGCAACCAUUAGGAUUCUGUCUUACGGGGGUGGGGCAUUGUUUGCUUGCAUGGGGAUCAUUCAUGCUCUGCUGAGAGAAUACAUCUACAGACAUUAGUGUAUAUCUAUGUCAGGUACAGAAGAGCCGCCUCUGCGUCCGUACUUAUCUACUUGGAUAUUUUUGCCUUAUUCGCUAAAUUCCAGAGAAUGCAUUUAAUGCCGCUCUUCAGUCAAAGAACUGAAUGAUUAAUAAAACAUCGGAAUCUA